GACAGUAGCUAAUGUCACUUUGUAAAAUAAUGUUGCCAUAUUUAAAGUAAUAGUGAUGCGUUCAGUUCUCGUUCAAUCAGAUGAAUGAACAAUGAGUGUGUAUAGUUAAUCAUUUCAAACUAUAAAAGAAUAUUAUUUCUAUUUUACAAUAAAAUUGUAUAAAAGUGCUCUGAUAUAAGUUACUAGUAGUAUGUAACUACAAUCAGUUUUUUGAGGUUUUAUUACAAAGCGCGGCGCGGCGACUACUGCCAACACCGAUCAACGCCGCGCGCGUCGGUCGCCAUUUUGUUUGUUAUUCGGCUUCUAACCUCUGGUCUGAUAGCACGAAUGUUUUUUCUGCGCUCACGCUGUUUAGUUAUUGUUUUUGUUAAGUUUUUCGUUACGUUGUGUUUGUGGUAAUUGUUGUGUUUAUUUGUUGCUAUAUUGUUUCGUACAAAUGAUAUGGAUCCUCAACCAAGCACGUCAAGCCAAAGCUUGUCUCCAAGAAAGAAGAGACCACGGAUUGCUUUAAGCGUUACCGAAAAACUUAUGAUACAAAACGUCUACAAACACGUAUUUGAGGAAAAAGCUGCUUCACUAUUACCUAUUGAGGCCCCCGAAAAAAAAGAAUGUGUUUCGAAAACAGCUGACAUUUUGGGAAUUGGUGUGACCUCAGUUUACAGUGUGUUAAAAGAAUGCAAAGAAAAUGAACAAUUUAAGUCUCCCGAGAAACGUGGACCGAAACACAGUUUCAAAGAUAAAUUAGACGAUUUUACUUUUGCCGCUAUAAGGCGAAAAGUACAUAAUUUUUUUUAUGCAAAUGAGUCACCCACCAUUAUAAAGAUUCUUAAGGUUGUCAAUGAAGACCCAGACUUACCCAAUUUUUCUUGCAGUACAUUAAGAAAUGUUAUGAAACAUUUAAAUUUCAAAUAUGUCACAAAAUCAAGACACAGCAUUUUAAUUGACAGACAGGACAUUAUUCUAUGGCGCCAGCGAUACCUUCGAAAAAUUAAAGAGUAUCGAAGGGAAGGAAGGUAUAUUUAUUACCAAGAUGAAACCUGGAUCAACGAAGGUCAUGCACCGAAGAAGGCAUGGAUUGACCAGACAGUGUUAUCGUCCCGCCAGGCCUUCCUAGAUGGCUUGACCACUGGCUUAAAACAGCCUUCAGGAAAGGGCAAACGAUUAAUUAUCGGCCAUAUAGGCGGGGAAGAAGGAUUCGUAGAAGACAGCUUAUUAAUAUUUGAAGCCAAAAAAAAUAAAGAAGAUUAUCAUCAAGAGAUGAAUGCCGAUUCCUUUGAGAAGUGGUUUAGGGGGGUCUUGCCAAAACUAAAACCAAAUUCCGUAGUAGUGAUGGAUAAUGCCCCCUACCACUCCAGGAAACUAGAAUCGCUGCCUAAAAUGUCUUGGACUAAACCUAGAAUACUAGAGUGGCUAACGAGCAAAAAUAUUUCAUUCGAAGCAACAAUGGUUAAAGCUACUCUUAUAGACAUUGUACGGCAGCACAAGCAAGAACAUUGCGAUAAGUAUGUUGUGGACGAGAUGGCAGCGCAGCAUGGGAUAAUUGUUUUACGUCUGCCCCCAUACCACUGUGAGCUCAAUCCCAUUGAGUUGGUAUGGGCGCAGGCUAAAGGAUAUGUUGCAAGAAAUAACAAAACCUUCAAAAUGACAGAAGUAAAAAAACUUUUUGAAGAAGGACUUCAACAUAUCACACCUGAAAAAUGGAAUAGCUGCGUGUCUCAUAUAAUUAAAAAAGAAGACAAAAUGUAUGGUCUCGACCACAUGAUUGACAAUGUUACUGACAGAUUUUUAAUUAAUGUCACCGAAAGCGAUAGUGAUGAUUUUUUAUCUGAUAAUGAAUAAAAACAAAUUAUGUAAUAAGCGAUUUUUUUUAUUCUCAUUACCUACCUAUAAUUGUUAUAUUUUAUACAUCUAUAGUUUCAACUACAUGAUGUAUUGAAAAUAGGACAGUCUUACAAGUUUCCUCGCAAUAUUUUCCUUAAUGUUUAAAACACUCGGUAUUCAGUAUAGGUAGAUAUUAUAGGAACAUAGUCGUCGAAAACUCGUUGGUAUGUACAAAGCACGACUAAAAUUCGAACCCCGUACCCGAUAUCGGCAGUUCAGCACACUAACUAUUCACUAGACAAUCGAGGCAAUUUCAUUAAUUCAGGAGUUUUUCAAUCAUUCACUUUGUCACAACACUAUUUUUAUUUCAUCAAAAACUGACAACACAGUAAACGUCAGUUGACUUCGUCUAAUUAAAAAUACGACUAUAGAUUAGGUUUAUCAAUGCACUUGAUCAUUAUUCUCAUGAUUAUGUUGUACAUUCAAUGACUUUGAGUUUUGUUUUUAAUAAAAAAACAGUUUUUGUUAGUAUAUUAACAUUAAGAAAUACUAUUUUAGUACUGUUAUUUAUGCCGCCAAAUAACAGUGCCUGCACUGAUGUGUUUCGAUAUGAAGGUAUAGUAUAGAUAUAAAGUGGUGGUAGUAAGGGGACUGCUAACAUUUUUUUUAAAUAGGGUAAGGUGAUAGUAAGCAUUUGCUAUGGCCCAUAGACAUCUACACCUAUCCUUGAUUACGAAUCAAAAUGCAGAUGCGUUGUCACCCGUGAGAACCGAGAUGGAAUGCCUCAUUUCCAGUAAAAAGGGUCUCCGGCUUUCUCACUCACCAUACGAAACGCCAUACGGAAUUAUGUGAGAGCAUGUUCCUUCCCCGGUCGAGCCGACCGAUUCGUGUUACAACUAUACCAGUAAUAUAGCUGCAGCAUAGCUUACCGUACCAUAAUAACAGGCUGAGGGAUUCCAUCUUGAUUCUCAGAGGUGACAACGCAUCAAGUAGUUCUUCUUUAUUGUAAGUUGGCUGCACGUGUUCGUAAGUUCGUAUGUCUCUUCAGUUUUAUAAAAAAUAGCCAUUGAGUGUAUAAACAUUAUAAUUAUUGAUACCUUAGAUAAUUUUUUUCUCAUAGUUUAAAUAAUAAAAUUUUAUUUGAUGCAAAUAAGGGUUAAAAUGUCUAUCUGUUGAAAUAGAAAUUUAUUAUUCUUUAUUUAAUAAAGAUAUAUUUUUUCUUUUGAUCUAUCGGUCUGUAGAUUAAACAUAAGUUGACGCUGCUGAAAUCGAUUUAUGUUUUAUUUAGUUUUAAUUCCAUAGUACUUAUUAAAAAAGGCUAAUAUAAAAGAAAUUUAGCUAAAGCACGGUCACGGAGCAGGAAUUUAUUACUGUAUUUAUUUUAAACUUUAUACCAAUCAAAAAAAGUUUAAUUUCUAUUGCAACUAAGAUAGUUUUAGGACCUUUUGAACAGUAUUUGUGAUGCGAAAACAGAGUUUAUAUUCAAGUAUUUAAAGUUUACAUUUGUAUGAAUUGCAACAAUCUGAAAUUCUUCCUGCUCCUCGAUCACGUCAUAUCAAAUUAUAUUGCUAGUCACGAAAAAUAUCCGUAAAUUUUUUUAUGAUAUUGGAAUUUUUUUCUUUUGACAUUUAUAUGGGUGACAAUUGAUAGAUAUUUUAGCCCUAAAUAUGCCUUCCUUGUAGACUUGCAUUAUAUAAUUUAUUCAUAGUUUUUAUGAUAUAUUUUUAACAUCAUCCAACUUUACUUCUAAAUAAUAUGUGGCUUAGUUUCUUUACUCGCGUUUUUCGCUUUUUUUUUACAAUUCAAAACAUUGAGUAGACAUAAGCCUAUAGUCAUAAGGGAUAUGUAUAUACAGUCAUUGUAUUUCAGUUUGGUUAAAAAAUAUAUUAUUUUCAUUGCUUGUUAAUUAUUUUCAAAGUAUGUUUUCAGAACUAUUUUAGAUAUAAUUUUCUUUAAAUAAAUUGCGUUUCGCUUCUAAUUUUCAAUUUUUAGACUUCCACUGUCAAUCACAAGAAACCCUUAUAAUAAAUAUAAAAUAUAAUGCUUAAUGUUUUAAAUGAUGCUAUAUGAUGCUGAAUAUAGUUUAAACUUACUUUGGUUAAAAUUACAACUGUAACAUUGAAAGUUUAAAUACAUAUAAAUAUUACAACUGU